AUGGAGGAGAAGAAGAAUGAAGAGAAACCAGAAGAGCAAUUUACAGAACCUGAGUCAGCUUUUCCAGAAUCUUUACUAGAAUUUCAAAUUGAGACAAAAGAAGCAGAAAUUGAUCGAGUUUUGAUUGACCUGAAACAAGUGGAAAAAAAGAACAAAGAAUAUCAUCAAAGAAAUGACCUCCUGAAGGAAACGCAGCAGGGACACAUUGGGCGUAUCCUAAAACAAACAGAAGAAGAGGAGAAAAAACAGGAUAAGAAGGAGGUUGUCACUAGGGAUGAUGUGGAAGAGUCACUGAAAGCAACGUGGCAGUAUGAAAAAGACAAAGAACAGCUUCUGAAAGAUGUGCAGUCCCAGAUUGAAGAAACUGAGCAAAGACUUUCAGUAAAGCAGGAUGAGAGGGAUUAUUGGUUGGAGUAUAAAAAUGUAGGAAGUAAAACACACUCCAGUAAAAUUAUGAAUCUGGAAGAAGACAUCAAAGGAGUCAAAGAUGACUUUCACAGGAAUGCAGAAUAUUAUAGAAAUACUUUGAAAGCAAUGAAAGAAGAAAAUGACCGCCAGGUUGAGAAUCACAUGAAGCUAACUAAGGAAAAGGCCCCUGAGAAUGCUGUAAGAUACUUAGACCAAAACAGUAUCAGAGAAAUUGAAGAGAAUCAAUGGCUAAAAGCAGAGAUUGAGAUGUACCGAAAGAAAAUAAGUGAUUUGAAAGCCUCUAUUGAGCUCCUGGAAGAAGAAAAUAUCAGUUUAGUGACAAAACUGAUUGAUAGCAAGCUUCAGGAUCUGAGACAGCCCAGGCCUUUGUUUCUUACCCAGGCAGCUGAGAUGCAAGGUAAAUUUCCUAAGGAUGAAAUCAAUGAAGUAGAGUUUAGUGAGUAUGCAAGGAAAGCAGAUGGAGAUGACAGCCUCAGAAGUGUCACAGUCCCCUGUCAAAAGAUUAAAGACUUUGCAAAGAUUCAGUCUAAAAGAGAGCCUCAAGCCAGGGACAAGGAGCUCUGGGAAAAGCCUUUUACUCCAACUCUUGAUAGGCUGUUAAAUGAAGAUAAAAAAGAUUUCCAGGAAUAUUUAAAACAGGGUCCUCUGGGGACAAGGCUCAUGUAUGUGGUUGGAAGAACCAUGCCUAUUCAUGAAGAAACAGAUGACAUGCCAAGCAGGAGGUAUGAAGACGAUGGUAGAUCAAACAGGCAUAUCACAGCUCGGAUGAUCAGGGCCUUAUGUGAAGAAAAGGUUGGUGAAACAUAGGCAAAGCUGUGCUGCUAACAUAGAAAUGUCACACUCCCAGUU